AUGUGCAAGCAUAUAUUGAAUGCACAAGUAGCUAUUAGAGCUCCCUGCUGCAAAAAGUUUUUUGAUUGCCCUCAAUGCCAUGCUGAAACACAGUCGCAUCCACUAGCGAAAACAACCGAGUUGGCAUUCCUCUGCAAAAAAUGCCGACGGGCGUUCCGUAAAGAUAUGGCACAGUAUGAAGCAGCUGACGAGUACUGCCCUCACUGCGAUAACCACUACGUAAUUGAGGCAAAGACGCCACAGCUUAUGCUCCAAGUAGAAGGCGAAGAUGGGCGCGUAGAUCCAAGUAUGAUUCGCGAUGAUCGCGUGAAAGAACGUGCAGCGACAUCGAAAGAAGGUGAAGCAAUCGAUCAUGGUGGAUACCAGGCAGCGGCUAUGGAAUUCCAACAAAAUAUCGCACAGGGCCGAAUGAACUGCAGCCAGGCUGCGUCAUCAUCGAACACUAUACCCCCUUCGCUUAUGGAGUUCAAUGACGAGGAUCUGGACUGGGACUAA